AUGCCGGCCCGCACAACUCAAAAUCCGUCGGCACUUAUCGGAAACGUCCCGAUCUUGGACGGUAAUUCGGUUGGCUUCCCCGCUUGGCGAACAAGACUUGAAGAGCUCUUCGCUAUUCAGGGGGUGCACGACAUCGUGACCGGCAAACUUGUUCGUCCGGCACCUGACUCCAAAGAAAAGGAACCCAAACCAGUAACCCAGGGCUCUCACCGACUAUACUAUGCAGAAGAAUUGGGCUCCGACUGGGACGCUUUGUCGGAUAUAGCCAGGGCAACUCUGAAAAUGACACUGUCAGUCGAUCUAGCGAUUCGUUACAAGGACACGAAGCCCGUCAACGUCCUAUUUAAAACGAUCUGCGACGCCUACGAGAAGAAUACUCGGGCACGUCGCAUGAUGCUUCAGGACGCUUUCUGGACGGCUCGUCACGAUCCCAGCAAACCGAUCGCCACAUGGAUUGCUCGAAUCCGGAACGCGGCGUCCGAUCUCAAGUCAGUCAAGCUUUCCCCUGCAGACCAGCAAAUAUGUGAUCGUCUGCUUCGAGGUCUAGACGAAACCUGGAAGCCUAUUCGCGAUCAUCUCGUGUACUCCCCAAACGAGAUAUCCCUUGACGAUGCGAUUGGGGCGCUAGAAUCACACGAAGUAUCGAUGCAGGCCCCGUUCGAUCAAGUUCAAGAGUCGUAUGCAGCACCCGCAGUAGUGAAGAAGAAGAAAGCGGGAUGCUGGAACUGUGGUGAAGUCGGCCACCACUCCUCAGCCUGCUCUAAUCCCUCCGCCAAGAACAAACAGAAAGCCAGGUUUGGAACUCGAGCUGGUGCGGCGUCGGCGGUGGCUUUAGGAGGAGGCGGCCCUAGCGAUGAUGAAGAAGAGGAAGACGAUUUCGACCCGGAAAUUGACGUUGUCUGGGGAUGA